AUGGCGUCGAAGUGUGCCAGUCGGUGCCCCGCGGGGCUGCAGUCCCACGCGGCGUGCAGGAUGCGUGCCCCGUCGCGGGUGCUGGCGGACGCCCCUCGCCGAGUCCCCCGUGGCGUGAGGCCGGUUCGGCGAAGCCUGGUGGCGCAGUGCGCAGCUGGAUGGAAGACGGUGGACGUUGAGGCUGGUAAGGUGAUGCUGGACAGGGAGCGGUAUCUGUUUUUGGACGUUCGGAGCGAGCGAGCCUAUGACGAGGAGCAUCUCACCAAGCCACCGCGGUGCACGGUGAACGCUCCGAUCUACGCCAAGGGCGAGGAGGAGCAGAAGGUGCUGAACCCGAACUUCAUGAAGGCGGUCGCCGCGAAAGCCUCGCCGGCCACGAAGCUCCUCGUGGCGUGCGAAGACGGCACGCACGGAAGUGAAUCAGCGAUGCGCCUGCUGGGCGAGGCGGGGUACACCGCGGCCGUGCAGGUGGAGGGCGGGUACAGCGCAUGGACGCGGAUUUUCUCGACGAGCGGAAGGAGGAAGCCGCCCCCGGGUCGGUGGGUGGCGUCCGGCACGGAGGCGUUGAAGUCUGGUCUGAACAUCCCCGGGGUAGCUGAAUCUUACACCGAGGGCGGGGACCUCGAGCAGGCGCGUUGGGUGCCGCGUCCUGGCGAGGAGAAGCAGUGA